AUACCACUCUUCCUUCAUCUGAUCUUCUCAAGUAAAAAUGGCAGUAACAAAUAAAUAUAUUGCGAUCAAGAACUUCAUAAAUGGCGUCCCAAAAGAUUCCGACUUUGAACUCAAGACCGAAUCCCUUUCUUUAUCACUAGAACCCGUCCCUAGUUUCUUGGUAAUAGUCAAAACUCUUUACUUAUCUAUCGAUCCUUCGCAGCUAAACCGCAUGAAGGAAUACAGUUCGUCACAAAAAGCCAUUAGCUUUGCUACCCGUAUCAAUCCAGGGGAGGUCAUCGAUUCUAUUGGUGUGGGAAGGGUGGUGGCUUCGAACCAGACCGAAUUUGUGAAAGGUGAUUUGGUUUUCGGUGUUCUUCAAUGGGCAGAAUAUAGCAUUGUCAAAGGGUCAAUCUUGUUUAACAAAUUGGAACCUAUGGUUAUGGGCUUCCCUUUGUCAUACAAUCUUGGGGUCCUUGGGUUUAGUGGGCUCACGGCUUAUGGUGGUUUUUUCGAGGUUUGCAAACCUAAGAAAGGGGAAAGAGUGUUUGUAUCUACAGCUGCUGGAUCGGUUGGAAAUUUAGUUGGCCAAUAUGCUAAGUUGUCGGGUUGUUUUGUGGUCGGAUGCACAGGAACCGAUCAAAAGGUAGAGCUCUUGAAGGAGAAGCUUGGAUUUGAUGAUGCAUUCAACUAUAAAAAAGAACCAGACCUUAAGUUAGCUCUCAAAAGGUACUUUCCCGAUGGUAUCGACAUAUAUUUUGACAAUGUUGGGGGCGAGAUGCUAGAAGCGGUUGUAGAAAACAUGAAUGUACAAGGAAGAAUUGCAGCCUGUGGUGCAAUUUCAGAGUAUGCAAAUACUCGAAAUAAGAAAGUUUCUUUGAGCUUGAUUGACAUUAUAUACAAGAGGAUAAUAAUCCAAGGUUUCUUGACACCCGAUCUCAUGAAUAUGUCCGAGGAUUUUAUUUCUGCAACAUCGGCUCAUAUUUGUGCUGGAAAGAUUCAUGUGCUCGAGGAUGUUUCUUUCGGAUUGGAGAGUGUGCCAACUGCCUUCAUUGGGAUUUUUCGUGGAGACAAUAUAGGAAAAAAGAUUGUUAAGAUAUCAGAUUAAAGUGGCUCAAUUAGUACUGUAACCUCAUGAUUCCAGCACUCUUUCGUUUAUAGAUUCGGAACAUCAACAAAAAGAAACUCGAGUUAAUCGGGUUCUUAUCUAUUAGGAACAUCAUGUCCCCCCAAACCGAAUCUAUCCAGUCCUUACCAUAAAAAAAAACUAAAAAAACAGCAAAACAGACAAUCAUCUGAUCAAGAAAGAUAACAGACAUG